AGAGCCGGUGAGACCGGCCAGGUCGUUUCAUUCACUAUGUUGGUCCGUUCCUCUCAUUUCCAUUAGAGCUACGUAUAUAGGAGCACCCUCGUCCAGUCCGGCGACCGCCCCACCGGCGCGCGCGCAUAGUCACGCGGGCAGCACACGCCGCGAGAUCGACCGAAGCGACCAAAAAGUGCGCGCGCAUGGAAAACUUGAAACCCAACGCGUUUGUUGAGGCCCUCAAAGUCGUCGGCAAGGCGUUCGUCGUCUGGAGCAGUAACUGGAGACGCCUGCUCCCCGUCAUCGUCGGGGUGUUUCUGCUCGACCUGGCUCUGACGGUCGUGUGGGUGAAUCUGGCAAGCCUGCACCUCAAUCUUGAUUCCAUGGGGCUCUUCUUCGAAAUGGCCGACAACUCGACCACCAUGGCCGCGGGAGCCGUGGUCGUGACUCGUGUGGACGAGGGGACGGAGGCCUCGUCCUCGCGGCAACUCAUCGAAAUCGUAGGGGAAAUCUUCUUCGGAUUAUCAACAGCUGUGGCCCUCCUUUCCUUCUCCUGUACAUGUAACUGUGAUCUUUCAGAUAAUAGGACUACUACUUUAGAAGGACAACACCCUUCUUUAUCGUCAUGGAGGCAAUGGAAGAGUUUGGGCAUUCAGUUGCUCACGGGGCUGGGCAUCACCAUCAUCAUAUCAGUACUUUUGGAAGCUCUUGAGCUGGACGACGACCUGUCCCUCUAUCUCACCAAUUUCUUCAAUGUCGUAUACAUGCUUGCCGCUGUUGUUGCUUCAAAAGAAGGCCUAUACGGGUUCUCUGCAGCCGAGAAGGCAUGGUUAAUCGUUAGCGAAAAGUUCUAUGAGAUAACUGUGGUGGGCGCGAUGAUUUUUGUCGUCCAGGGAAGUCUAGAAGAAGCCUACGCAAGUGCAAGAUUUUUACCUCGAAAGAAGGAAGUGGUGGUGGCGCUGGUGAUAAUGGAGGACACGGCGGCUGACAUCUUCCGGUACUCCGUCGCCGCAGCCUUUCUCACCGCCAUUCUGCAGGUAUUCCAGUGCUUGGUGACCUUGGCGGUUUACUGUGGUGGCGGACGCCCAACGGAUCGGCGGCCCCUCGGCAACGAUGUCAGCGGCGUGCCCGCGGCGACGCACGCGCAGCCGCUCCUUGAAGCAGAGGCAGCAAGGGCGGGCUCUGCUUCUGGCGGGAGCGACGCCAGCUCCAGUGCUGGAGGCCCGUCUCGCAGCCCAAACACGAGGACGGCACGGCCCAGGAGAAAGACCAGGCCUAACCCGAAAUACGAUCCGCGUGUGUGGCAGUUGUUGUGACGGUUGUGGCGCUUCCCCCAUUGUUGUGCUGAACCCUCUACUGCCACGCUAACAAGCGAUCACCAGCUGCUGCAGUGUAUCGACUAGACAAAGAACAAAUGCUGUUCUGAAACUUGUUAUUUCGCAGCGCAUGACG